CCUUGUUGUAGUAGAAGUGCUUCUAGAAGGAAGGAUAGUCUAUCCAAUACACAGACUCCCACCACUUGCUGGCUUCCUGCCUCCCCAGCCAGCUGCUCAGACCCAUCCUUCCCCUCCUGCACUUCUUUGCAGUUUGCCUCACUUCAAUCUCCUUUUCCCGUUGCAGUGCAUUUUUUUUCUCUCCCCUUGUCUUUUCGGGCUGAGCGAUGUGUUGUUCGGUGGGUUUUGCCAGAUCUCUGGGCCUGGCUUUGCUGCCUCUGGCCCUCUGCUGUGUGGUGGCCAACUUGCUGCUCUUGUUUCCAAUGGGAGAAUUGACGUACAUCCAGCAGGGCCGUCUGGCUAGCUACAUCUGGUACUUUGGUGGACUGGGUGGUGGAGGACUGCUGAUGCUCAUUCCGGCAGUAACCUUCAUCACGCUGGGAAAAUGCAGUUGUUGCUGGAAUGAGAGCUUGAUGAUGUGUGGGUCGGUGUUGGCUGCUGUGGUCGGCCUGGCAGGGUCCGGCUACUGCUUCGUGGUUUCCGGCUUCGCCUUGACGCAGGGUCCGCAGUGUUUCACCUCUCUCGGGUGGUCGUACCCCUUCGCAGAUCAGGGGGGCAGGUAUCUGCUGCAGCCAGAGAUGUGGUCUCUCUGCCUCCAGCCCGUCCGCAUCGUGGAGUGGAACGUGACUCUGCUGUGCGUGCUCUUGGGCCUGGCGGUGUUGGAGUUCGUCCUCUGCCUCCUUCAGCUCGGCAGCGGCGUGGUGAACGCCGUCUGUCGGCCUUGCUGCUACAAGCAGGAGUACAGUUUGAACGCUUAGGCAAAUUCUACACUAAGCCGGGUAAAUCCCACCUCACCUUAUCCUUGUCGUUUAAGACCCCCUCCCCGUCCCGCUCCCCCUCCGUCAGCCGGCGCAACGCGACCUAGUACGCAUGCGCGGGAAAAUGCGCACCUCAUAGUCACCUCCAGUGUUGCUUUGUGUGCAAGUUCUGAAAUGUAACUUAUCUGAACAAUAUCCAGUCUUAAAGUUAAGUUAAAGUACCAAUGAUUGUCUCACACACACUAGGUGUGGUGAAAUUUGACAUAACACUCAUUAACACGCAUUAAUUCAGCAAAACAGCGGCGCAUGGACUUCAUUUAUAAGUAAAGGUAAGACCAUAAUAACGUUUUUUUUAUUAAAUGUGCUUUUUUGUGUGCUACAGUUUGUAAGUGUAAAGUUAAAGUUAAGUUAAAGUACCAAUGAUUGUCACACACACACUAGGUGUGGUGAAAUAUGACAUAACACUCCCGUCAGGGGGUGCAUUCUACGGCGGGGGUGCAUUAAUCCAGCACAACAGCGGCGCAUGGACUUCAUUUAUAAGUAAAGGUAAGACCAUAAUAACGUUUUUUUUAAUUAAAUGUGCUUUUUUGUGUGCUACAGUUUGUAUGUGUAAAGUUAAAGUUAAGUUAAAGUACCAGUGAUUGUCACACACACACUAGGUGUGGUGAAAUUUGUCCUCUGCAUUUGACCCAUCACCCUUGUUCACCCCCUGGGAGGUGAGGGGAGCAGUGGGCAGCAGCGGUGGCCGCGCCUGGGAAUAAUUUUUGGUGAUUUAACCCCCAAUUCCAACCCUUGAGUGCCAAGCAGGGAGGUAAUGGCUCCCAUUUGUAUAGUCUUUGGUAUGACUCGGCCGGGGUUUAAACUCGCAACCUACCGAUCUCGGGGCGGACUGUCUAACCACUAGGCCACCAUCCAUCCAUCCAUCUGGGUCGCGGGGGCAGCAGCCUAAGCAGAGAAGCCCAGACUUUCCUCUCCCCAGCCACUUAGUCCAGCUCCUCCCGGGGGAUCUUGAGGCGUUCCCAGGCCAGCCGGGAGACAUAGUCUUCCCAACGUGUCCUGGGUCUUCCUACCGGUUGGACGUGCCCUAAACACCUCCCUAGGGUGACAUCCUGACCAGAUCCCCGAACCACCUCAUCUGGCUCCUCUCCAUGUGGAGGAGCAGCGGCUUUAAUUUGAGCUCCUCCCGGAUGACAGAGCUUCUCACCCUAUCUCUAAGGGAGAGACCCGCCACCCGGCGGAGGAAACUCAUUUGGGCCGCUUGUACCCGUGAUCUUGUCCUUUCGGUCAUAACCCAAAGCUCAUGACCAUAGGUGAGGAUGGGAACGUAGAUCUAGCGGUAAAUUGAGAGCUUUGCCUUCCGGCUCAGCUCCUUCUUCACCACAACGGAUCGAUACAGCGUCCGCAUUACUGAAGAGGUCGCACCGAUCCGCCUGUCGAUCUCACCAUCCACUCUUCCCUCACUCGUGAACAAGACUCCCAGGUACUUGAACUCCUCCACUUGGGGCAGGAUCUCCUCCCCAACUUGGAGAUGGCACUCCACCCUUUUCCGGGCUAGAACCAUGGACUCGGACUUGCUUCACACUCAGCUGUGAACCGAUCCAGUGAGAGCUGAAGAUCCUGGCCAGUUGAAGCCAUCAGGACCACAUCAUCUGUGGUAUUUCAAUGAACUGGAAUCCAGUGCGCCUUGGGGCCCUAUGGUAGUGAAUCACACCUGAGACAUCAUCAAUUAAUCACCUCUUUAUUAGACACGUAAACAAUGUGAGAAAGAACAUUUUACAACAAUCAAUCUCGGGAUCUAGAUAUCUGGUCAGGACACUCCUCACUCUUUUGCCUUCACCUUCAUUGUCCAUUCCUUUUUGGUGACUUUAUAUACUCUGGACCUAGACGUUGAGUCCGCGACAUACAUGGCGGACAAUAACUGAUACAGUCUGCUUUGCCAGUCCAAAAGCAUUCGCCGUCUUCCAUAGUCUUCCCUCGACGGCCAGGUAAUACAAAGCACACGCUUACCUUUUUUUUUUUUUAUCACAUCCACGGGAGCCCGCAUUCUCGUUGUCUCUCCUUCGACAAAUGGACGAGGUUUUUCGGUAAGUAGAAUCCCAGCUGACCUGGACAUUGGAAAGCUGUCUUGCCGUCUGAGAAGUGUUGUAUCCCAAAUAGCUGCAAUGGCUUUCUCUUAAGGUAUUCAUGUGUGAUUUCCACAAGUGUCUGUACAUGUAGAACAGGGGUGUCCAAACUUUUUCCACUGAGGGCCGCACACUGAAAUAUCAAAGCAGGCGGGGGCCAUUUUGAUAUUUUUUAUUUUAAAAACCAAUACAAUAAAUGUAUAAAAAAAAUAUACAUUUAGGCCUCCACUCAGGCUUGAACCCAAAGAGUUUUGCUCAAAAAAAAUAUAAAAAAUGUGUCAUUAUUUAGUAUUAUUAUUAUCAUUAUUAUUCACAGUUUAAAUCUGUAGAUCAACAUUAGGUGUAUCUGUCCAAAAAACGUUUUUAAACAUUUAAGUUGUAUGCCCUUUUCGUCAAAGAAAAACCCAGGUUUUUUUAUGGAAAAAAAACCUACUAAAUAUGCAAUAUUUUCCCCCAAUUAAAUUUUAAAGUAGAAUAUUUGAGAUUAUAAAAUAAUUGGAGCCUUAAAAAGGUCAAUAACUCAUAACAACAUUGUCAUUUUUUGAGCGAUGACACACGCAAACAAAAAAAUCCCUAAAAUGAUUGGGGAUCCAAAAGAGUCCUCCUACUCAUUAAAGUGUUCAAAAAUAAAUUAUACUUUUUUUUUUUUUUUUACUGAUUACUUUUAGCACAAUAAUGUCGAGAUCAGCUUCGGAUCCGUCCGUCAAUUCUAAGUUUUAUUGUUGUUGAUGUUUUUUGUUUGUUUGUUUUAAAAAACAACAGCUCAGUUUUUUAUGUGGCAAACACAAAAUAUGCAACAUUUUCCCCAAAGAAUAUCUCAAAGUGGAAUAUUUCAUGUGACGUAAUUGGAGCCUUGAAUAGGUCAAUAAUUCAUAAUGACGUUGAUUUUGAUUAAAUAUUAUUUUUUAAAGAAAGAAACAGCCCGCAUGGCAGCUUUGUGUUAUUAGAGUAAACAUUGCAACAUGUUCUUGUUACAUUUCACCUGUUUGCUCUUUCAUACCACCUUUGUUUGGGGUUUUUUUAUCGUAUUUUUAGAAUGUGUCGUGGGGCCGUUAAAAAAAGACCUGCGGGCCGCACUUUGGACACCCCUGAUGUAGAAGAAGGAGAAACACGGCCAUGUCUGGAUGACUCGACUCCAUAUUUCCAGUGGUUAGCUCCGAGUUACGAAACGGCUUUAUUAUGAAGCUGGCUGUGGCGCGUUCUUUCUGACGUCACUUCCUGUCAGAACUCAGUUUGUAAACGAUCAAUGAGUCCAUACAAAGCGAAGAGAUUUAAGAAAUACACGGCGCGCUUACCCGUGUAAACAACUUGUCCGAGGAGGGGGACUUUAAACGCUGGUUUAGUGUGGCUGAAACGGGGGUUAGGCUAAAUAAUUACUCCUUUUAAGGGGUUACCCGGCUUAGUGUGGACAUAGCCUCAGGUGACUAGGUGGAUUACACACAGCACAACAACACAAACAUCCAAGUACACAAAAAGCUCACAAGUGUCUACUGCUCACCUGACAAUACACACCUGCGUCAUUUACACAGUUUGUACAUUUUACAUUUUGCAGCAUGAAUCAAUUAAAAAAUGGUGAAACACGACAACAAUGAAGAUGCACUGAGUUGGUUUAGACCAGAGCUGGGCAAAUUAAGACCCGGGGGCCACAAGCGGCCCGUUAAGCUUUUCAAUCUGGCUCGCCGGACAUUCCCAAAUAUUUUUUUUAGAUCUUUAAGAUAGAAAG